AUGGCGUCCAGCGCGGAGCCCAACGCGCCCACGGUUGAUCGUCAAACCACCACGCCCUUCCAUUUGAAACUAUUCUACCGCCAAAAUUCCUUCCAUCAUCUCUCCGAUUACCCCGUCCCUUCAUCGUUUGGCAAUAGCGGCGCGCCUGCACCCGCGAACCCACUUCCUCCGCACCUCCAGAUCUACACUUGGUACUCUUGCUCCUUGCGCGAACUGGCGCAUCUCCUCACAUCAUGCCUCCCGACGCUGCUGCCAGAUCCUGCCGUUGGAACGCGGCUUACCUUUCGACUCGUUUAUCCCGACACGAAGGGCCAGAUGGGUGGUUUUGGUGGGCCCGGCGCGCCGGGUGCCGACGAUGUGAGGGGAAGAUUUCUUAGUAAAGAUAUUGGAAGUGUGAUUAUAGGCCCGAAGGUGGACAUGGCAGUAAAAGAGGAUGGCCCCUCGUCGGCGGCAAUGGAAACCAAUAUCAAGCUGCAGGGCGAAGAUGCGGAUCGGACACUUCAAGAUGUGCGCUUCAUCAUCGGCGACUACGUUGAAUGCGCUAUCUUACCUCCGCUCCCGGAUGGAUCUGUCGCGCCGCCAAUUUCAUCAAGGGCGCUAUUGACCGGGAGCUCAGCCAUUGGGGGGAGUAUGCGUGCAUUUCCACCUGCGAGGGAAAACGGGUUUGGGAGAUCGAGACACCAGGGGGCUGGGAUGGGACGGGGUGGUGGACCAGCAGGUUUUCCCAGUGGUGAAUGGAGACGAGGAGAACGCCUUCCAGAAGGUGGUGGUAGGGGCUAUGGUCGAGGGCAUACAAGAAGUCGAGGGAGACCGUAUUGA